UGUAUGGUAACUGUUGAACACGAUCGAUAUUUGCAAUGGCGUCAAAACGAUAGAUUCUAAAAACUUGCAUCUGAUUUUCACUUUAUUCGAGAAUCACAAUUGUGCUGUCUUGAAUUCAUUCUGUAUUUUAUUCGUACAAACCGUGAUGCGAACAGUUAUGGUAGUCAUGUUAUGUAUGGCGAUGUAGUGUAAUGAGUACUCAUUCUAAGAGUCACGCUUUACAUACACCAAUAGGGAGAUAUACAGCUAUGCGGGAGCACCAAAUGUUAUUUCCGAGUCAGUCUACUGCUGCUACUGGCAGCGCGCUGAGUAAUUUUGCUGAGUAUUCACUGAUUAAUCAUUGCCCUAUGGUGAUUCUUAUUUCUAGUGAGGUCGUGUUAAUCGGUAGACCACAUUGUGCCGUCGAUGUGACAUGCAUUGUUUGUAAAUCAUUGCUGCCAUAUUUCUGUUUAAUGACGAUGCUAAAGCGGUGACGCGCGAAGAGUAAAAUUUGAGUAUUUUUGAUGAUUCUGAUACUGAACAAUUUCUUACUUUACGAAAAAGAGACUGGAUCAGAUGACAAUCGCAAGUUGGAGAUAAAUCAUUUUUAGAAAUCAGGUGGAAAAUUAUAACUUUGGAACCUACUAUAAAAAACAACAAAAAGGAAGCCGGAAACGGCGAAACUGUAGAAAAAAUUCUCGAUUAUAACAAACAUACCAUGUCCUAUACAUCAAAAAUGGCCGCGGUGAACAUCGAAUUCAACGAUUUAACAUAUACAGUGCCAAGCUCUCGAAAAGAGUCAAAGAUACUUUUAAAAGGAAUUAGCGGACAAUUCAAAUCGGGUGAGCUGACAGCAAUUAUGGGUCCUUCCGGUGCUGGAAAAUCGACGUUACUGAAUGUUCUUGCCGGAUAUAAAUUCACGGAGAUAAGUGGUUCAAUAAAUAUCAAUGGACAGCCACGGGACAUGCAGGAGUUCAAGAAAAUGUCAUGCUACAUUAUGCAAAAUGAUCUGGCGGCACCAGGACUCACGGUUAUCGAAGCGAUGACCUUCGCCGCAGAUUUAAAACUUGGCAGAAGGAAAUCACAAUCGGAAAAACAUUUUGUCAUAAAUGAGAUUCUGGCUAUGCUUAGAUUAUCCGAAGUACAAGAUACAUUUAUGGAACAACUCUCCGGCGGCGAAAGAAAGAGAUUGCUAAUCGCACUCGAAUUAGUAAAUAAUCCACCUGUGAUUUUUCUCGAUGAACCAACCACUGGAUUAGAUGAGUUGUCUUCUUUUCAUUGCAUUGAUAGUCUUCAAAAGUUGGCGCAUUUUGGACGAAAUGUUAUAUGCUCGAUACAUACUCCCAAUGCGAGUAUAUUCAACAAAUUUGAUCACGUUUACGUCAUGACUGACGGACAAUGUACUUACAAGGGUACCUCGAACGUGUUGCCGUUCUUAAAAAGCCUAAAUCUAGAAUGUCCGAAGCAUUACAAUCCAGCGGACUUCUUAAUAGAAAUCUGCUCGGGCGAUUAUGGUUCCGAUUUGAUCGAACAAAUGAUGAUUCACGUCAACAAAUUACCGAUUCUUCCGAUUUCUCCAGUAAAGUGUGAAUUCGAAUUUGACAAGCAUAAUCCGAAAGUACUCCGCUUUGAUCAAUUCAAAACGUUAACCAAGAGGAUGGCAUUGCAGCUUUAUAGAAAUAGAGAUUACAUCUACUUGAAGAUCGUGCUACAUAUUUUUUUAGGAUUAGUAAUUGGCUUAUUGUUUUUAAAUAUGGGCAAUGAUGGCUCGAAGGCCCUAUUUAAUUUUGGUUUUUGCUUCGCCUGUCUAAUAGUAUUUCUAUAUAUACCUAUGCUUCCAGUGUUACAGCAUUUUCCUUUUGAAGUUCGGAUAAUGAAAAGAGAACAUUUUAACAGAUGGUAUAAUCUUAGCGCUUAUUACUGGGCCCUAACAAUAAUCAGUAUACCUUUACAGAUAUUGUUAGGUUUUAUAUAUCUUUCGAUAGUCUACUUUAUUACGGGACAACCUCUGGAAUGGCAGAGGUGCAUCAUGUUUUUCAGUACUUGUUUCAUCUGCGCCUUUAUCGGAGAAAGCAUAGGAUAUAAUAUCGCUAGCAUAUUCAAUGCCGUAAACAGUAUGUUCAUCGCACCGGCACUAACUUGUGUCACGAUUUUAACCGCGAUACAAGGUUUUGGUGAUUCCACACCUUUACCACUUUACCGAACGUUAUUCAUGUAUACUAGUUGUAUCAGAUAUGGACUAGAGGCUCUCACAACAGCUAUGUAUGGUUACGAUAGACCGAGAUUACCUUGUCCAGUAGAAGAAAUAUAUUGUCAUUUCAGUUCACCUAAAGAAAUCUUUCGAACAAUAGGUAUGGAGAAAGCUCCAAAUUAUUGGCUGAAUAUACUAGCUCUGCUUAUCAUAUUAUUUAUCUGUAAGGCAAUAUUAUAUUAUUUAUUAAGACAAAGAGUGCAACCAAACAAAACUUUCCAGAUGUGUCAGAUAAUUGGAAAUGUGAUCAAGAGUCAUUUUAAUACUUGAUCAUUAAUAUAAUAUUUAUUUACCAUAUGUAUAUUUGAGAUAUAAUAGUGCAUUUCGACAUUUAGCUCAAUAUUUUCUAAAACAAAU